ACAGGCGGGCUUUCUAAUAUUAAUGUGAGGAUGUGCCGGUCAUCGGUCCAGACGUUAUUUCUCGUCUUCGUGUAUAUUGUUUUCCGUUCUUUGAAUAUACGAUCAAACUUAAGGCCUUUUAGUCCGUGGAGCAGUGACAAUGUUUUGUUUAUAGUCCAAACUUCCGGACAUAUGAGUUGAAGGCUUCAAACUCUUCGAAUUCAGGUUAAAUGCUUCAGUUUGGCAGUAACGGACCAUAAUUUGUCUUCAAAACACAUUAUUUUUAGUUUCUCACAAAGGUUCAGCUCUUCACAAGUUCAGGGAGUGUAUAUCUAAAGAAGGAAAUUUUAAUCCCACAGAUAGUGUUAAGUACUAGUCCCAUGGGUAGAUUUGGCUUAAAAAUUCUGUUGUAGUAAUAAAGUACAAAGAUAAAAAUCUGAACAUGUGUGGCCACAUGACACUACUUAGUAAGCGUUUUCUCAGUCAGUUCGCGACUUGUUUCUUCUUUGGUUGAUUUCACCGUGUGGAUAGUUCUUUAUUACGUUGUCCUAAUUAGUUUAAUAUAACUAGCUAGCUAUCAUGGCUUCUGUAACUGAUUUUCUGCCUACAGUUGUCUCGCGUGUGUACUUGUAAGACGAGUGGCCAUAUUUUUCACUUUGUUCUCACGGUUAGUUAGUCGAGAUUUUCCCUGUAUUGCUCCAGUACAUUGAUCUCAGGUUGAUCCAUUAUUGUAUUUUACUUCGAAAAUGUUAAGAAUGAGGAUGCUUCACUGAUUUUUAAGCAGUAAACGACAGGUUUCAUGUUUAUCCACUGAAUGUUUCUCUUGACAGACUAUAAAAAACUUCGUUACUAGAAUAUUUAGCUAUUUGUGCAAGCAAUAUGUAGCCUCGAAGUUAAUCCCCUGACAAUCUAAGAGGGUCCCAGUAAGCGGUUAGGGUGUAUGCAUAACAUCAACUAAGGUGUCAUCGGUACUCUUAAUGUUCCUCCAUAUAUAUUCAUGCCUCGUCUGAACUAUCUUGGUGACUCGUUUUUAGUAACUUUCCAAAGUAGUGGAUUUUCAACAUAAAGUUUGCGGUUUCAAAUCUAGUUCCCAGUAUUGAGCGUUAAAUAGUUUAUUUUUAUUUCCAGGGAAAACGUGGAGUCACGAAUUACUGAUAAAAAAUAUGUACUAGAUUCUCACUUAAAGCCCGAUGAGGCAGAGGAAGGAGAGGUCAACGAUUUGUCUGACCAAGAAGAUAAUGUCUCAGACUUUUCGAGUAAUAGCGGUUCAUCAAAGUCUUACAACAACCCAUCACCAAAGCAUGGAGAUGAGAGCUGUACGUCAGAAAUGUCACAAAACGGGGGAUCAUCACUUUCUACGCUAAAUAUACCAUCAGUACAUCAUAUCCGGUCCCAUAAAAGUAGACCUGUCAAAAUAACGGAUACCGCCAAUGUGUCAAAGGAAACAAAUACAAGUCCUGCUAAUACCAAAUCAGAAGUUCGUGGUCAAACUUCGUCUCAUGAAAACCAAACAACUAAGCUGCAGUCUAUAGUCAAUUGUGCUAGGGCUUCAGAUCCACAAAUAUUGUCGGAGCAGGUUGAACCAUUUCAUACCUCAAUGUCUGUUAAGUCAACUAAACAUCUUCAGGGUCUACGGGACUUAGAAAAGGUGCAGCUACAGAUGCAACUAGAGGUUGCAACUAAUCAAAAUGAACAUAAUCAUACUUCUACUCUCUAUCCCAGUUCCUCUCAACAAGUACAUCAGAGUGUGUUUCCUGGUUUUGUCCCUGGUGGGACACCAAAACUAGCACAAAAUUCUGUGCAAAGGGUUGCUUCUGUUAAAGCCGUUUCCGAAAACGUUAACGGUGAUAAUCGUUUUGGUUUGUCCGGCUCUUGGCAGGUAGCCAUUCCUCCUUCAUCUGCAUUAGGUUCUCAACAAGAAAUUGAAAAGAUGCAUAUGAUGUAUCAGAAAGCCUGUCAACUUUAUCAGCGUGCUGUAGCUACUAUUGGAUCAACACCUAAUGUCAGCAUCCAACCCCCACCUUUCGGCACUGCUAUUGGUUCUCCUCCUUCAAUACCUCUCCAAUCAUUUCCACCGACUCUGAUGCCUGUUACUGCCGUUGAACGUCCAGCAUCUGUGUCUCCGUCCAAAUUCAUCCCGGCGUCUCAACUUCCUCAUGACGUUCUCAAAGAUGUACCUAAUCAAUGCAUUGGUCAAAAUCCUCAUAUACCGGCAAUUAUUCCUAAUCACGCACAGUCAGCUAGUAUACAGACUGCUUAUUCGAUGGCGUAUUCUUCCGCCUAUCAAGAGACCUUAAAGUUUAUGUCUAAUAAUACCGGGAGUAACUUAGCCCCUAAUACACAGGAAUACACAUCUCAGUGGCAUCGCUAUUUUAAUCACUAUCUGAAUUAUUAUUUACAAGUUCAUAAUUAUACACCUACGCUAUCUAGUGAACAACAACCAGUUUUCUUCCCUCCCACUGGAUUACCACCUCCCCCUAGCAUUGCAUCCUCUUGUGCCAAUAAUCCAGUUUUUCAAUCUAAGCUAGAUUUUCAUAAUCAUCAUGACUCUAAGCGCCUAUGUAUAUCGUCUAACGAGGGUCUUCAUCGUAUUUCUACUGUACUCCAUCCUGAACAUUCCAAUCGCUCUAGUUCCCCAUCUGAUUCGAAAAAUGUAACAAACGAUGGAUCAAAAAGCGAUCUAUCCUCGUCAAAGUAUUUAUGGAUAAGCAAUCUCCCUCAAGGUGUUCGAGCAGUAGAUAUUAAAGAAAUGUGUGCACCAUACGGAAAAGUUCAAACAAUAAAAAUAGUAGGCAGUAAAAAGAGUAAACCCCCAUCUAUUUACGCUUAUCUCAUUAUGGAGACUUCGGAGGCCGCAGUGCGUCUUAUAAAAGCCUUACAAGGUGUGAAGUUCUCUGGAAAUGAAUUGAAGAUAAAACAAGGCGUGCAAUUCGGCAAGUCUGUCAUCGUAUAGCAGAACACCAUCCUCCUUAAUUGAGCAAAGGACAGGUGAGAGUGGUUAAGAGUUCUGUUCUCGCUCACUUGGUGGACACAACAUCAAGUUGACUUGAAUAAAGCUUUUGAGGUUAUGCACCAUAUCCCAUCUAAUUAACCACAUGAUUUACGAGUUCGUCUGUUACAUACUGCUGAAUCUAUCGGAAUCUCUGUUCGUAAAUCUUACCUUCGCAUCCAAAAGAAGUCUGUACAACCACUCUCGCUACCUUUUCCAUCGUCAAAGGAGCGAGUUUUUAGCCGAACUUGAAUUAAACACUUAUUUCAAAGAUCAACCCAAUCCGUUUACCAUAAAAAAUGUGUGAAUAGUCUACCAUGUAUAUUUUUGCUGUGCAUUUAUUUUAUAUUUUUCAAAUGUCUAUUUUGCAGACUUAAAUUAAUUGUAUAUACUGUCCAAAACCAAUUGAAUCUUUUAAUCAAUCUAUCGAA